AUGUACGGGAGCACCUCGGCUCGGGCUUUGGACAGCUCACGGGGAUCGGGGCUUGCGGAAAGAAAAGAGCAAGUGCAAAAGGAAAUCCUGGCGCAAAAGGAGCUGAUUGAGAAGCUGGAGGGGAGGGUGGCAUCCCUGUCCGGUCGAGGAGGGCAUAGAGCUGCACCGCGGGGGUCGUCGGCACCACCCCAAGAGGAAAGCGAGAGGGGUACCACCGGUCGACACGACAUCGAAGACCGACCUGCAACGACGACGGACGCGAAGCAACCCCAUGGGGAAGAAGGUGACCACGAUCUUGACGGAAGCGCAAGGGCAAAAGCUAAUAGCCAAUCGAGGGGGAAAGGAAAGAGCUGCUGCCAGGAGGUGGCAGAUCACGGGCCGAACGCUCGCCGAGAUUCCCUCCGUCGUUCGAGCCAGGGCGAGUCGCAAGCAGGAUACCGAGGCCAACAACGAACAGAACAGUGUGCGGUGGAAAUCCAACGGAACGUUCGAGGGGCCAGCAGACGAAAGAGGUUCUUGACGCUACAGGCAGCCAGGGAAGAACUUGAGCACCACCUGCAAGCGUUGGUGUCCGCCGCCGCGACAGCUCUGGCGCACCGGCAACAUCAGCAGGACCAGCAACCGAACGACGGCAGGGGGGCGGAGGUCGACAGCGAGGGCAAAGCGAAGAAUGUCUCCAUAGCCGCCGAGCGACUGCUGGAGACCAGCCGAGAAGACGGCCUCGCGAAGCCACCGUUCGAGAUCCUCCGAGCCAUGUACUGUGGCCUUAGCGAAGUUACCCUUGCCGUAGAGUGCUUGUCGGCGGCAGAGGAGGAGGAAGCCGGCGGGGUGUCGGGACGAGGUAGGAACGCCAGAAUCAGCGGCCUACCUUGCGCGGCUACCACGGCAGAGUCUUGUGACGCGGCCAAAGAGGCACUGGACGCCAUCCGGGAGGCCGUCGGGGCUGACACGACGGUGAUCGGGGAGACGGCGCAUUCAACCGUACAGGCCACCGCAUCGUCUCCGAAUGCCCCUCGAGAUCACCAAUACUCGCCAGCAGGCAGCGGUAGGGCGGCCGCGAUUGCAAUGACGUCUGCUCGGGGAGGGCUGCUUGUUUCCGUUGACGAACCGCCGACGACCGAUGGGGAAUCACUCGCAGGGAAGGAGCACAGAGAGGUCAACGACGCACGAAAUCGGGGGGGAUCGGUCGACCCAGGCGAUACGAGGCCUGCCCAGUCUGUUCCACUGCGAUCACUGGACGUCGAGCGCGUCGCGCAGUUGCUGCGCUUACAUGGCUUCGAAGAGCACGUCCCCGGGUUUGUCGCCCAGGCCGUUGAUGGAGUCAUGCUGAGCGACCCUAACCUGUGCGAAGCUGAUUUAGCCGAGCUGGGGCUGGGUGGACGUGCAGCAGAAGGAGCCCAAGAUAGCAGGGCUCGCAUGGUGUCGUUUUUCCGAAAAUGCCAACGAAACGGGGUUGUUUUCCCAGUUGCUGGAGGCUCGUCACCGUCUUUUGGAGGGAAGGUAGAGCCACGGACGGAUUCCGUACACAACGGCGACUCGACCCCCGACGAUCGACGACGGAACGACUCGGCUACCCUGAGGAAAAAGGAGAUGGGGGGACUGGAGGGGAGCGUACCUGGUGAAAGCAAAACGGAUCGAACGGAGUCAACCCAAGAUUCGCCCUGGCGGCGUGGUUCGGUGCUUGUCGACCGUGAGAACCAGCGCGUGAUUGCCCAAAUAAGCUUAGACUCGAGCGACACCGGUAGAGGGGACGCGACCGCCUUCACGGGAACCGAGGGCGGCCGGCGGAUGUCCGUGAAGCUCAACCAGGGGGUGGUGAUCACUGCGGGCGGCCGAGAGGCAGGGAGUGUGGAGAAUAUGUACGAGUUACCGGCUAUCAACGCCGGAGAAGGAGAACUAGCAGCAUCACUAGAGGCAGCAGCAGCGGCGGCCGCGACGGCAGCAGUAGGGAAGGGGCAGGAGGGGGGGGAUGGAGCGGCAGCGGCGGUAAGAGGGAGUGAGAAUUCCCCUGCUGGUAACCGCGGGCGACGGACAUCCUUGGGCCUUCCUACGGUAACUCUUUACAAGGAGUCGAAUGGGGGGCUUGACUCGGAGGAAGCUGGGGGGAUGCCGAUACCGCCGGGUGUGCCCGUGACGACGGCGAACUCAACAGUAAACGUGUUUCGGUAG